UUGACACUUGUUAGACCAGGGGCUAAUGAAUAUCUGCCCCGGAUUAUUAAUCAUGGCCAAGUAGUAAUUUAAUUAUUAUUACCAACAAUCUUUUACGGCCUUUCUAGGACUCGACUGUCAGAGAGAAGAUCAACCCUACAAACUGAUAGCUUCUACAGAAGAUGAGUGCUGACGAUGCAAAAGUGUUACCAGACUCCGCCUAUAACUCAACGGAGCCGCUAAUGAAUGGGGGCAGUGAUGGACCACCCCCUGUCAAGAUCAUAGAGGGUGUGGUUACACUGAGUGAUGAUAAUGCUGCUACCAAUGGACGAGUGACAUCAUCACAACCACCAGAAGACCCUCCUGCACUAGUGCACAGUACGUCAACGGAGGCUACAAAGGACAAGGAGGUGAAGGCGACUAACUCGUCACUGGACGAAGCUCGUAUGGAAGUGGACAAUGAGGAGGCAGAGAAUGGAGAGGUCAUGGACUCUCACAGCAAUCGUGGAGAGGUCAUGGACUCUCACAGUGAUCGUGAAGACAGUCCAGGGCUGGUCAUAGUGACACAGCCUGACGAGGAAGCCCCUGUUACUAAUAAUGAUCAUCAUUCACCAGAGAGAGGAGAUGGAGACAUAAGUGGAGAAGAGAUUGAUUUGAAUGUACCACUGGAGGAUAGCAGCGAGGAAGAAGGAGAGGGGCCUCUACACAACCAUCACACAUCACACCAUCCUCACCAAGGACACACUCCACACCUUAAGUACGUAGCCACGCCCCCCAUCAACGGCCAGUCACACUCUGUGUCCAUUGAUAGUCCACAAGAGCCAGCAGCUAGGAGGAGAAGCGUGUCCCCUGGUUACAGGUCCAAACAAGUGGCCAAAUUGAAGCAAUUCUUCACCACCCUUCAAGGGUUUGGUAACAAGUUAGGCAGUGAGGCAGCCGAGCAAGUGCAGGAGCUCAUCACUGCUCUCGUGAAUAAGACGGCCAGUAUAGAAGAGUUCCAUCAGGAGAUACAGACUGUCACCAACCAUCCUCUCAAGCAAUUCAUCAUUCCUUUCCUACAGGAUAAUUUGGAUUACCUUCGUGAAGAGUUGAAAGAAUCGUCUAAAACACUCGCUGAUAUUCUCAAUCACGAAACUGAUGCCCCCUCCGUCAAUUCAUUCAGCCUGACACCACAACCAGCAGACGAUGAACUACCUGUCUACAAAACCCCCCAGUCUUCAGCGCCCCCCAAAUCACUGGGGGUCAUCAGUUCGCACAAGAUACGCCCGACCCCCACCACUAGUGAUUGGAGAAAUGGGCAGAGGACGACUAGAAGCAGUGUAGUGUCAGGAGGUGCUGUAGUUGUGGCCACUAGUCAUCAGAAGGUUGUGUAUGGAACCGGGACAAUGCCAGUGUCACGUUCCAAUGUCAGGAUGGUCUCCCAUUCACCUACCAUAUCUGGGACUAGGAUGAGCACAGCAGUGAUGGAUGAUGGGAGUGGUGGUCUCAUACGCCACGGUCACGUGGGUGGUCUGAGGAAGAGGGACCUAGACAGGGGACCUUUGAGCCAGGAGAAGGACACACAGACUAUCACUGGCAACAAGCAACCGCAUGUUCAAUACAUCUCACAUUCUCACAAACGCCCACGCACGGACCACUCUAUGUAUGCUGAUGAUGUCGUGAUGACGAGCAGGAGUCACAGUGUCCACCCCCCUCCAUAUCCCCAACCACCACACACCUACCCCAUCCCUGCGACCACACCCACUGCAGCGGAGGGGCUUCCCCCACGAUCGUCUCUAGGAGAGGACUGGAAACACCUGGACAUGAUGGUGACCAGCAUGCAAGGCAUGAUGGAGAGGACUAGACAAGCUGUGGCUCUACUCAAGGACAGGAUCACGGUCACUCAGACAGAGCUAGAGAGGAGAGAGUUGGACCAGGAGUCUAUCAUCAGUGUCAGAGUAGCAGAUGCCGUGGACAAAGUCAAGCAAAGGGCAGAGGAGGACAAACAGGCUGUUCUCAUGGAGACACGCAAGCAGAUAAGAGAAGCUGUCAACAAUGUACGCACAGAGAUGGAGACUCGCAUCACAACGACAUCCACAUCAGCCGUGCAGGACGCCAUCAAGGAGGCACACAAGCAAUCUAGCUCUAAAGAGAAUUGCUGGAACUGUGGUCGCAAGGCCACCGAGACGUGCAGUGGCUGUAACAAGGCUCGCUAUUGUGGUACCUUCUGUCAGCACAAGGACUGGUCCAACCACAUGCACCACUGUGCCUCAGGGCUACAAGUGCAAGGGAGUGGUGGAGACUAUGACCGUCGCCGUAGUGAUGUGGGGAUCGGGGGGCGUGCUAAGCCACUCCCACGAGGACUGGCCGUCCCAGUGAAUAUUGUGCAGGGAGGAGAGCUACGCCACAUUGCACCACGCCCCAUGCCACACCCACACUCAGACAUAUUGGUCAAAACUGAAAAAACAUAAAAUCAGUCAAUUAAUUUUUUUCUUUUCUUCACAACAAACCAACCACCGUUGUAAUGCAUCCACCUUCAAAAGAGAUUGUAACUAUUAAUAUAUUUUAUUAAUUUCCCUUUGCUUUGCUGAUACAGCUUGUGUGUGUAUAUCUGACUUACUGUACAAUUGGUUUGGCUACUACUGACUUCAUCACUCAAAAAUGCCGCUAUAAUUAUAUUGAAAUUAUUAUUCUGACUUCUG